AUGGAGAAAAAGCUCAAAAAGUUCUUACAGAAUGCUACUAGGGUAGCUCCUAAGAUCUCUAAGAAGGGGGAGCUUUUCGAGCUCAGGAAUGGUCUAGUUUCCCAAUAUCCCCAAACUCGCAAGGACGCAAUAAAGAAAACCAUUCAGCAAAUGACACUAGGUAAAGAUGUAUCCUCUCUAUUCCCAGAUAUCCUCAAGAACAUUGCCGCCUCAGACGUGGAACAGAAAAAACUGGUGUAUCUGUACGUGAUGAACUACGCGGAAACUCACCCAGAACUCUGUAUUCUCGCAGUGAACACCUUUGUCAGCGAUGCGCAGGAUUCCAAUCCAUUGAUUCGGUGCAUGGCCAUCAGAACUAUGUCGAUGAUUAGAGUAGACAAGAUUCUUGAGUAUGUGGAGAUUCCAUUACGCAAGACGUUGCAGGAUGAUAACCCGUACGUGCGUAAGACUGCUGUGAUUUGCGUGGCCAAACUUUUUGCUUUAAACAAAGAGCUAUGUCAAGAAUUGGGGGUUCUUGAAGACCUGGUGUUUGCUCUCGAAGACUCCAACCCAAUGGUGGUCGCCAAUGCCAUUGCUGCGUUGUCAGACAUCUACAGUGCGGACUCUUCCGUAGUACCAUUACCUAAACUCAUCCAACAGCACGUGUCUCAGUUCUUGUUGGCUCUUAAUGAGUGCACUGAAUGGGCGCGAAUUAUCAUUUUAGGUGCCUUGGCAGAAUAUACCGCCAAGGAUUCAAUUGAAGCGGGAGAAAUAAUUGACAGAGUCACUCCGCACCUACAACACGCAAAUGCUGCCGUGGUAUUGGCAUCUAUUAAAGUCGUUAUCAAAAAUAUUCCUAAAAUUCAGACGAACGUUGAUUCGCCCAUUUUUUCCAAGAUUUCGUCAGGUUUGGUUUCCUUGAUGUCAACUCCGCCUGAAAUGCAAUAUGUGGCGCUACGCAAUAUCCGGAUCAUUUUAGAAAAAUACCCACAGCUUCUAUCGCGAGAACUACGCAUAUUUUACGUCAAGUUCAAUGACCCACUAUAUGUUAAGCUGGAGAAAAUUGAUACUUUGGUAAGGCUCGUUGACCCUUCCAACCUCAAGCAAUGUACUCUGUUACUCGCAGAGCUUAAAGAAUACGCACUAGAAUUCGAACCAGAAUUUGUAUCACGCGCCAUCCUCGCAUUAUCACAGUUGGGUGUCAAAUACUCCGACGUUAAAUUCAUCCGCAAAGUGCUGGACAUCAUUGUUGAGUUGUGCAAUACCAGAGAUUCUUUCCAGGAUGAUUGCUUGAUAUCAAUGUGUAAUCUACUAAGACAUGCAGGUCACGAGGAAGAUGAAAUGAUCACACAGGUGUGUUCCUUAGCUCAAGUUUGGAGUUCGGUAGAGUCUUUGCUACAAACUGAUUAUGCAAAGUGUAACUACGUUUGGCUACUAGGCCAAUUUCCAGCCAAAUUCAGUAAUAUUGAGCAAAAGCUUCAAGUAUUCAUCGAUUCGUUCACUCAGGAAGAGAGCUUGACACAGAUGUCACUGUUGAUAACUGUGGUGAGAUUGCAUGCUAGUCUUUCUGGUUCUGUUCUGCAAAAUUUGCUUAACUUGGCAACGACAGGCACGGAUGAGGUUGAUGUACGAGAUAUGGCAAUCAUGUACUGGAGAUGUUUGUCACUAGAGGACUCCAACGAUGACCUUAUCAACGAGUUGUGCAAUUCUUCACUGCCGGAAGUUGCCACAACUCUGGAUACCUUUUCUCCGGAGUUGCUAGAAACGCUUUUGGCAGAGUUGUCACUUUUAAGCUCCAUUUAUUAUAGACCCGUCGCGACAAUGACUAAAUUUAACAUGGGCUCCAACAAUGGCUUGAAGAACAAGCAAUUAGACGAACUACAAUUUUUAGCAAGGGACGAGAUUUUGAAGAAUAUGAAUGAGGACAAUUUGCUGGAUUUCGAUGAUGACUCCAACUCAGCUACCAAUACAGCAGUCACAAAUAGUUCGGUGCUCGGUGACUUGAAUGACCUUUUCGAUUUCACUCCUGUACAACCACAACCUGUAGAAGACUCCAUGCAAAACUUGUCACUAAAACCAAAAACGGAAUCUUCAACAACCAAGUCUAGCAACACCAAGGAUCUACUUGACUUAUUUUGA